AUGCCUGUUGAUCCACGGACGGUGAUUGAUGCUUUCAACCUUAACCCGGUCUCAAAAACCUUUGUUUGCUGUCCGAAAUGCUUUUCAUGUUAUCCGCUCGAUGACAGUCAUUCCUAUCCAGAACGCUGUCCAUUCAAAUCCACGCCAGAUGCAGCUACCUGCAAUCGCUUGCUCCGCAAAACACGAUCCAUUCGAGGCAAGCGCUUUGUCUAUCCAGCUAGGCAUUUUCUCUACCACGACAUGAAGCAGUGGGUUGGUAAUCUUCUGUGCCGGGAUGGUAUGGAGGACAUUCUUGACCGCGAGUUACCUGCUUGCCACGAUCAGUCAGCAAUACACGACAUCCUUGAGACAAAGCUAUUCCGCGAGUUCCUUGGUCCAGAUGACAAACCCUUAUGCAUGGAUGGUUUCAAUCCAUACCAUAUGAAAGAGGCUGGUAAAAAGAACCUAUUCUUAGUCGGCAUUAUACCUGGACCUGGUGCACCACUGCUCGAACAGAUCAAUCACAACGAUCUUCUUGUCUUCUGGAAUUCAGGUGUAUACUACGCCAGUACUCCCAAUCACCGUAAUGGUCAUUGUGUCUGGUGUGCAGUCAUUCCCCUGAUAUGCGACUUGCCUGCAGCUCGCCAAAUGAGUGGAUACGCUCAUUUCAGUUCACGUCAUUUUUGUUCAUUGUGCUGCCUGCGUUUGGAAGAGAUUAAUGAUCUUGAUCGAUCUCAUUGGCUUCCUCGCACCUGCCAAGAGCAUCGACAUUGGGCUGAACGGUGGCGAAAUGCCCCUUCGGAGAAGGAACGAAAAAAUAUAUUUGACAUGCAUGGUCUCAGGUGGUCAGAACUACUACGACUCCCACGCCACUGUCGGGAUAUCUGGGGCAUGGACAUAAAGCUGAAGGAUGGUGAUGGGACAUGGGUUGAUUCGGGAGCAGCAACAGAGUUUGACAAGGAUUCUGAUGCUUUAUUACAGGAUGCAUGGGAGACUCUUCGACACGGGACCAUAAAUGACAUGCAGAAGUUGACACGGUCUCAAUUACAACGGCUCUGUCGGGACACUCAGAUGCUUCCUGAACCACGCUACAUUGACCGGAAGAAGCAUCUCUUAAAGAAACUAGAACAAUACCGUCAACAUCACCCUGAAACUAUUGAAACUUCCUCACUUGGCCCUGUUCCUCAGAUAAAGAGACGAAAGGUAAAAAAAAACGAUACAGUUGUGUUGGGUGCAGGUGUUCUGGCAGAGGUUCAACGAGAUAUGGCACGGACAAGACUUCCAUACUGGGUCUCACCCGCCCCUCGAGAAGCAGGCAGUACACGGGUAGGCAAACUUUCGGCCGACCAGUGGCGGUCAUUUUGUACCAUUCAUUUGGUAGUGACUCUAGGCCGUAUCUGGGGGCCUAGUGAUCCAACGUCUCGCUUUCGAAAAAUGCUCGAUAACUACAUGGAUCUGGUAACUGCAGUCAAAGUUGCCUCAAUGAGGACGAUGACGCCUGCCAGAAUUGCAUCCUAUAACCUCCACAUGGACCGUUACCUCAAAAAUGUCUUGGAACUUUACCCACAGAUUAACCUGACCCUGAACCAUCACUUGUCCGCCCAUUUUGGUGAACUUCUGCAACGAUUUGGCCCUACCCAUGCCUGGCGAUGUUGGAUUUUCGAAAGGAUUAAUUAUAUGUUACAACAGAUUCCUACUAAUAAGAAAUUUGAUGAACUGGAGAAGACCAUGUUCGAAAAUUUUUGCAUUGCACAAUCACUACGCUCUUUGAUUACUUCGGGCCAACUUCCGGACGUUCUAUCCCGGUUUGUGGAUGUCUUCACUAAGACAUUUCGUGAUGAUCGAUCUCGAGGCACCUUGAUCAGCGAGUCCAGAGCAUUCAAAGUCAAGUUUUCUGUGAAACCUGAUUCUAUGUUCUCUGCGAUCCAAAGGUGGAAGACUAAGAACAAUUAUGAGGAGAGUCUACUACUUGGAACCACUCAUAGCAAACCUUGCUCACCGGUGGUGAAGGUACAUCAUUCGUUGGAGAAAGAUGGAAUUUUGUACAAACCUCAUACGACUCCCGGUCAAACAGAGCCACAGCCAGCAUCUGGCACUCUACUAUCUGCCUUCAACACUUCAAGCGAUGACGAUACCCAUCGUUUAGAUCCCAACCCCGAUCAUCCUGGCCGAAUACGAGAAAUAUUGACCCAUGAAUCUCAAACCUUGAUCAUAGUUGAUCCUUUCCGUGCGCUUGCACCAGUGGAUGUGCAUCAUGACCAUUACCGUACGAUUUUUUAUGAUGAGCCUGAUCGGAGUCCCGUCAUCAUUUCGCCAACGGAGUUGAUGUGCCAUGUGGCACUUGUCCAAAAUGUUUCUGAUGGAAUAGUUGCGCCUCACUGCUUGACCAUCCCUUUAUAUCGGAUGCGUUUUCUUGAUAGCGCCCGACUGCCAGAUGGAUCACUGUUGCAUAUCCUUCUUCAUCAAGGUUAUCGAGGAAAGAGCCUCAGCGCCACGCUAGCGAAAUACAUCUUCUCUAAGAAGUACAACUUUAUAGAGGGACGAGACGCAUCCGCCCAGCCGGUGAUGUUGGCGCGCUUCCUGGGAAAUUUUUCACACACCUUCACCCAUGUAGGAUACGGCGCAGAAUUAGGCAUCCCAGGCAUGAUCGUCGAAGGCGAGGAACGUGACACAUCAUUGUAA